AUGCAGGAGUGCCUGACGCACCCGGAGUUUGGCUACUACAUGCACCGCGACGUCUUCGGCGAGGCGGGCGACUUUGUCACCUCGCCCGAGGUGUCGCAGGCGUUCGGGGAGCUCAUGGGCGCGUGGGCGGCGUGGACGUGGGAGAGCAUGGGAAAGCCGUCCACCGUGCGGAUCGUGGAGCUCGGGCCCGGGCGGGGCACAUUGAUGGCGGAUCUGCUCAGGGGGACCAAGAACUUGAAGGGUUUCGCCGACGCCGUCACCGUGCACAUGGUGGACGUGUCGCCGGCCAACAGAAAGGCGCAGAGGGAGGCGCUCAAGUGCGGCCCGAAGACGGACGACGCGGAGAACGGGGAUGACAACACAGGGAAGAACCCGACGAGGCACGGGCUGGGAAAGUGGCACGAGACCAUGGACGCGGUACCGCCCGGGCCCACGAUCGUCAUCGCGCACGAGUUCUUCGACGCUAUGCCGGUUCACCAGUUCACCCGCACGGAGAGGGGUUGGUGCGAGAGGCUCGUGGCCAUCUCCGGCGACAUGGUGCUGUCGCCGGGGCUCACCCCCGCGGGUGCGCUCAUGGUGCCGCGCAGGCUCGAGGGCGUGGAGGCGUCGCGGCGCGACGGGCUGAGGCAGCUGGAAAUAUCGCCGAGGUCGCUCGCCAUUUGGGAGAGGAUAGCCGCUCGGCUGGAGGAACACGGCGGCGCGGCUAUCGCCAUCGAUUACGGCGAGGAGGGGCCGUUGGGCGAUACCCUGCAGGCGAUAAGGGAUCACGAGUUCGUCGACGUGCUGACGGAUCCCGGACGCGCGGACCUCUCGGCGUACGUUGACUUUGGGGCGAUGCGGCGGGUGAUUGAGACGAGGAAAAACUCGGGCGUCGAGUGCCACGGGCCGGUGACUCAGCGGGACCUGCUCUUCGGUCUGGGCAUCGGGCAGUGGCUCGAGAAGAUGGUGGAAAAGUGCGCAACGGAGAAGGAGGUGGAUAAGCUCAUAGCGGGGUGCGAGAGGCUGGUCAGCGGCGAGCAGGGUGCCCUGGGUGAGGGCGGGAGGACGGAGGGAGCAGGGAAGGGAGCCGGGAUGGGGUUCAGGUACAAGGCGCUGGCCAUGGUCAGCAAGGGCCUGGGCAAGCCCGCGGGAUUCUGA